GACAAAGAAUAAAAUUAACAACACAAAGUUUCUGAACAACACGAAAAUAACAUAUAAUAACAAAAAAAAUCAAGUGAAAUAUUGUCGGUGCAUCUAGACAGAGUUCUAUGGAAGUUGCUGCUCCGGGUACUACUCGCACAAAUCUGCUACUGCUGCAGCGAUGUUGCCAUUGCUGUCAUCGCUCAAGCUUCAGCCAAAGCUCGGCGCUGUCUGAGCCUUUUGGGCUGAAGAAUGGACAGGAAUUGCGUGUUUUCGACAACUUGCAGUGGGUUGAAGUUUCCACUGCUUGUUUUGAAAGCUGGGCUGGAGUUGGUACAUUGCAUGUCAGAGUCGGCCUACGCAAAGUUGUGGAGAGGAGCUGUUGACGAUAUUUCUUUGCACCCCAGCUAUUUCGGAUAUGGGCAACGUAUUUCGCGUGAUAAUUUGAAGAUUGAAGAAUUUUGCUUCGUGUGACUAAUCUAGUGUGAGCUUAGUAUUGAUUAGAUAGCUGAGUUUUGCAAAAACAUUGGGUUGCAGUGACCUCGCUGAGUGAGAACAAACGUAGCUAGUGAGACGAAAGGAGAGCAGCUAUGGGGAUCCAGGGGUUGCUGCCCACCCUGAAGUCUAUCAUGCACCCUCGACACGCACAGGAGUAUGCUGGAAAGCGGGCCGCGAUUGAUACUUAUUCUUGGCUCCACAAGGCCGUCCUCAGCUGCAGCAGGGAUUUGUGUCAUGGGCGCCACAAUGACAAGUACAUAGACUACUGCAUGCGUAGAGUCCAAAUGUUGCGAUACUACGGCGUGCAGCCCGUCCUAGUGUUCGAUGGAGGUAGCCUCCCUAUGAAGUCUGAUCAGGAAAUUAAGCGUGCCAGAUCAAGGAAGGAGAACCUGGAACGUGCCUUGGAGUAUGAACGGUUGGGAAACCACUCCGCCGCUUACGAAUGCUACCAGAGGGCUGUGGAUAUAACUCCUGCAAUAGCAUUCAGGCUGAUACAGGUACUGCGGCAGGAGAAUGUGCAGUAUGUGGUUGCACCAUAUGAAGCUGAUGCUCAGUUAGUCUUUUUAGCACUCAACAGACACGUGGAUUUUGUCAUCACAGAAGACUCUGAUCUAAUUGUAUAUGGUUGUCCGCAGAUUUUUUUCAAGAUGGAUAAACAUGGGCAAGGUGUGGGGUUUCAAAUCUCUGACAUUACGGCGAAUAAAGAUAUCGAUCUCAGCGAUUUCACGAAACAAAUGAUUCUUGAAAUGUGCAUAAUGAGCGGUUGCGAUUAUUUGCCUUCUUUGCCAGGAAUAGGUGUGAAAAGAUCUCAUGGCUUAAUUAAACGUUUCAGGACCUAUCAAAAGGCACUGAAGCAUUUGGAGGCGAAAGGUGUUCUUAUAGAUCCACAGUAUGAACAAGGUUUCCACAGAGCAAUUUUGACGUUCCGACACCAUCGUGUUUACGAUCCUGUGAAAAAGGAGAUGGUGCACCUCACUGGUGUACCGAGUGAACUUGACACCAACCUAGACUUUCUGGGACCGCACCUCCCUCAGACAACUGCCACAGCCAUCGCCCGAGGUGAAGUAGACCCAACCACCUUUGAAUCCUUCCAGGACUUCAGCAGCUCGGGAAGGUUAGUAGCAGACUCUAAUGCAACUGUGCAGAAUGGUGUUUCCAACAAAAAAGUGGGGUUUUCUGCCAAGAAGAAUCUCCCAGCUAUCAAUUCCUCCCGUACCCACCAGCAUCAUCGUUCAGGUUCUAGGCCUUGCUUCCAGCUAUCUGACUUGAAGGCUGCUCUUGUCUCGUUUCUCAUCUCAUGGGGUCUUGUGUGUAUCCUGCUUGCUUGCAAUCCACAGGUAGAAUCACUUGUGUAAUGUAUCGCAUGCUUCGUACAGCACCUCUCAGUAGUAAUGGACCUUUCUGUCAAGGGCUCCAAUGCCUCUGUCUUCCAUAGCUUGUAAUUCUUACAAAGUCUUUUGAGAGUCUCUACUUUGUUAGCUUUCAAAAUCUCCCAGGCAAGUGUAUAGUUUACAAACCUUGGAGGUGUCAAAGUUUACAUUCAACACAACACAAAUAUAGUGUCAUACGGCUUAAAGACGUUUGCUUUCCUUGAUGACAAUAAAACCCACCUCAGCACUGGGAAUGUCAAUUGAAAUCA